AUGGCGCCAAAAACAAGAACAAAUAAAAAACAUAAUAACAAAGAAAAAGAUUUAACUUCAAGCGAUUCCAGCGACAACGAAACUUCUUCUGUCAACUUAACUACAAUAAUAGAUAAGCUAAACAAAGAGUUUAAAGUGCAGGAGAGGGCGUUGAAAAAAAUAAGAGAGUCCCAAGACCACAUAAGUGAUGGCUUUAAUGCACUUAAGAAAGAGAUCGAUCGAUUAACAGAAGAAAAUAAACAAAUUAAAAAAGAAAUGAAAGAGAUUAAAACGAAUGGAGAAAAUGUGAAACUGAAAAUGAAAACAUUAGAACGUAAUAUGAUGGAGAUAAAACAAGAAAAAAACAAAAACAAUUUAAUAAUAACUAAUCUACCACAAGUAAAAGACAUAGACUUAAAACCGGUCAUCAUGAAAAUUGCCGAGCAAGUUAAUGCCAAUAUAAGCAAUGAUAGCAUUGUAGAUGUGUUACAAAAUGAAAACAAGAAAUUUAGAACACAUCCCAUAAUUGUGAAAAUGAAAUGCGAUGAGUUAAAAACCAAAUGCUUUGAAUUUAGAAAGAAAGGUGGGCAGAUAGAUGUAAGCAAAAUACUUACCGAUAUUGAUAUGAAAGGAAAACAUGUAAACUUUCAUCAGCUGAUGGAGAAAGAGCUUAGCGAUCUCAUGAAGAAGGUGAAAUCAGAAGCAAACAAAAAAAGCUACAAAUACGUGUGGGUGAAGGAUGCGAAAGUCUUUGUAAGAAAAGACAACAACACUGCUGCUAUACUAAUUAAAGAAAUUGAUGAUAUGAGAAAACUUGAGUAA